ACAAACAAGGGUGUGGGAGGAACAGAUAAUUAUGGCAACUAGCGUCGAGGAACAAACACUGAGUGAUAGAGACGUUGCUGAAAUAGUUCAAGAUAUAUUUGAUGUGCAAAAUGAGACCGAAGCUUUAGGACGUGUUUUGAAAUUACCUAAAGCCACGGUGGAAUCGAUUCAUCGACAACAGCAUUCUAGACCGAAGGAUCGCCUAUUUCAUAUCAUUGAUGAGUUUGUAAAACAAGUGGAGCCAAGACCGACAUGGAAAGUCAUUGCAAAUGCAUUGAGAAGUCCUCUUAUUGGGCAACCUCGUUUGGCUCUGGAUAUUGAGAGGAAACACUGUACCAACACUGAAGCAAAUGCAAUUAGGAGCUUGCAGGCGGAGGAUAUUGAAGUAGCUGUGGCUCAAUAUCUAUUAAAAGAAAAGGUAGAGCAGUUGCAAUCAGAAAAUGACGCACUGAAGCAGCAGUUGGCAAGGAAGGAAAUAGAGUUGAUGAGGGCAGAGGAGACUGUAAGAAAAGAGCAGCAGGCUAUUCAGGAGAUGAGACAGAGAGAGACUGAGUUAGUACAAGCCAAAGACAGGGAGAUAGCAAAGAUUCAGGGGCUAAUGAAACACAUGGAGCAGCAAAUUCAGAAGAUGGAACAGAUUGAGACUGUUUCAGUGGACGCCAAAGACAAGGAGCUCUCUGAAACUCAAAAGGAACCUAGUCAGGAAGGAGACAAUGAAUGUGGGUUUCUAGUAACUGAAAGCUUGCAGCAAAGCGGGACAGAAGCGGAGACAGAAAAUCAGUCGGAAACAGCCAUGUGUCAAUCAUUGAACCUUGGAGUUAAGCUAACAGAGGAUGCUGAACCGCCCUUGACUCAGGAAAACGAGUGGUUUACAAGGGAUCAAGAGCAUCUACAACCAAAGGAGCAGGAGACUGAGUCUGGAAGCAGUGAACCAGCCAAGUCACAAGAGAAAGAGAACACAAUCAAGACUCUAGUAGCUGAGAACCUACAGGAAAUUGAACCGACAAUGGAGGAGGCCGAGCAGUCUUCGUUCUACACAUGCAAAGUCAGUGGACCUGGUCUAACAUCAGCCACAGUCAACGAGCCAACGCACAUCCUAGUCGAAUUAACCGACUCUCACGGCAGGCCACUCCCACUACAGCAUAACGUUACUGUGAAACUCGAGCUCGUUCCAAACGCUAAAUAUCCCACCCCUGAGACCACGCUGACUAGAUGGUCUAAGAAACCACCUGAAAUGAGUGUAUCAGUAGAUAUGAUAUCUACCUUCCAAUACAAGGUGCUUUACACAACAGUCACCCGAGGCCAAUACUCGCUCCACAUUUAUAUUAAUGACCAGGAUACCAGGGGAAGCCCCUUCCAUAUUACCGCAUUCUUUCAUCCUAAUCAGAUAGGCCCCCCUGUAAAGAAAAUCACUGAUUUAAAAGCACCUUACUGCAUAUCUUCAUUCAGUAAUAGAGAAAUAGUUGUCACUGAAAGUAAAAACCACACGUUGUCGGUUUUUGAUAAAAACGGAGGAAAGAUUCGAACAUUUGGGUCACAUGGUGAGGGUCCAGAGGAAAUGAUAGCCCCAAGAGGUGUAGCUAUUGACGAUACAGACAAAAUAUAUGUGAGCAGUGAGCACAAGCUUCAGAAAUUCACUCGCGGUGGUCAACUGAUUAAAUUUGUAGGUCAAAAGGGCAGCAAGGAGGGGGAGUUUGAUAGACCUCGUGGAAUAGCGCUGUACGGCAAACAAGUGUAUGUAUGUGAUAAGAACAACCACCGCAUUCAAGUAUUUGACCUUGACUUGAACUUUGUUCAAUCCAUCGGCUCACGUGGCAGAGGAAGAGGUGAAUUCAAUCAGCCACAAGAUGUCGCUUUUGAUGCUAAUGGAAAAAUGUAUGUUGCCGACUGUUUCAAUAAAAGAGUGCAAGUAGUAGAUGCCACUGGCCAAUUCAUACAAGAAUUUGGGCGAGAAGGAGAAAGGAAACUCAGUGGUCCAUCAGGUCUUCACGUUGUUGACAAGUAUGUGUAUGUGUCUGAUUACACUGCAGACAGUGUUCUAGUGUAUGACACCGAAGGGAAGUUUGUAGCCGUAUUAGGAAAACGUGGGUGGUUCGGAUCUCGUCCGAGCAGUGAAGUUGACUUUUAUCAUCCGUAUGGUAUCACAUCUUGUGCUGACGGCUUUAUUUAUGUGUGUGAUCGCUGGAACAAUAGGGUACAGAUAUUUUAAUUUGUGUGAUUUUUGUAUAGGAGCCUUUUCAAUUUCGAGAUCUAUUUAUGCUAAUUAACAAUAUUGACUCUUCUAGCAUCAUUGUGUACUUUGUUCAGCGAUUUUGAUUUUAAUAUCACUGCCUGUGCAAAAUGUAGCUACGUUUUGUACCUUCAGCGUUUUCUCCUACAUUUCGGCAUCCGGCGAAUAUAUUU